AUGGCUAUUGCAUACCCUCAUGUUAUUAGGUCCGAGAAGGCCACGGUUGAGGCUUCUAUGAUGGUCUCAACACCACCACCAUCUCGACCCCCGGUGUUUCUCAGCCAAGAUGAAUUGAAGAAAAUUGCAGCAUAUAAGGCAGUUGAUUUCGUUGAGUCUGGCAUGGUCUUGGGUCUGGGAACUGGAUCCACUGCCAAACACGCCGUGGACAGAAUUGGGGAGCUCUUAAAGCAAGGGAAGCUCAAGAAUAUUAUAGGAAUACCCACUUCGAAGAUGACCCAUGAACAGGCUUUGUCUCUUGGAAUUCCUUUAUCGGAUCUUGAUACAUAUCCAGUUGUUGAUUUGGCCAUUGAUGGCGCCGAUGAGGUAGACCCGUAUAUGAAUUUGGUGAAAGGACGAGGUGGGUCACUCCUGAGAGAGAAAAUGAUUGAGGGUGCUUGCAAGAAGUUUGUAGUGAUUGUGGAUGAAUCCAAAUUGGUUAAGCAUUUGGGGGGUAGUGGGUUGGCCAUGCCUGUUGAGAUUGUGCCUUUUUGUUGGAAAUUCACGGCGGAAAAGCUGAAAUUGUUGUUUGGGGACGCAGGUUGUGUUGCAAAGCUUAGGACUUUCAAGGAAAAUGGUGAGCCUUUUGUGACUGAUAAUAGGAACUAUAUUAUUGACUUGUAUUUUAAGAAGGAUAUUGGGGAUUUGAAGGCUGCGAGUGAUGCCAUUUUGAGGCUUACUGGUGUUGUUGAGCAUGGGAUGUUUCUUGACAUGGCCACUACGGUGAUUGUGGCUGGUGAGCUUGGUGUCACCCUGAAGAAUAAGUAG